AUGGCCCGCACCAAGCAGACCGCCCGCAAGUCCACCGGUGGCAAGGCUCCCCGCAAGCAGCUCGCCUCCAAGGCUGCCCGCAAGAGCGCCCCCUCCACUGGCGGUGUCAAGAAGCCUCACAGAUAUAAGCCCGGUACCGUCGCUCUCCGUGAGAUUCGUCGCUACCAGAAGUCGACUGAGCUUCUCAUCCGCAAGCUCCCCUUCCAGCGUCUCGUUCGCGAGAUUGCCCAGGACUUCAAGUCCGACCUCCGCUUCCAGUCUUCCGCCAUUGGUGCUCUCCAGGAGUCCGUCGAGUCUUACCUCGUCUCCCUCUUUGAGGACACCAACCUGUGCGCUAUCCACGCCAAGCGCGUCACCAUCCAGAGCAAGGACAUCCAGCUUGCCCGCCGCCUCCGUGGUGAGCGCAACUAA